UAAAAACAGGAGACCCAGCCCAACUUUGGCUAGGUUUGAGGUUCCGGGGAGUUAGCGGAAAGAAACAUGGCCAAAUCUAUGCUGGGACAGGAUCCUGAGAGCACAGCCGCGGUCACUAUGUUAAAGCGGGCAGUGGAACUAGAUUCCGAGUCCAAGUACCAGCAGGCUUUGUUGUGCUACCAGGAGGGGAUCGACUUGCUCCUGCAGGUUCUCAGAGGCACUAAAGAUGAUACAAAAAGAUCUAAUCUCAGAAAAAGAAUUUCCCACUAUAUGGACAGAGCAGAAAACAUAAAGAAAUACUUGGAUCAAGAAAAAGAAGGCUUGUAUUUUGUAGAUGGAAAAUAUCACAAGCAAAUUAAAAUAGAAGAUAAUGCAACGGGUUUCAGUUAUGAAUCACUUUUUCAAGAAUACCUUAAUGAAACAGUUACAGAAGUUUGGAUAGAAGACCCUUAUAUUAGACAUACUCAUCAGCUGUAUAAUUUCCUUCGAUUUUGUGAGAUGCUUAUUAAAAGACCAUGUAAAGUAAAAACUAUUCAUCUUCUCACCUCUCUGGAUGAAGGCAGUGGGCAAUAUCAACAAAGUAGUGGCCUGAAAGAAAUAAAAGAGUCACUCAAUAAUCAUGGAGUGCUGUUGAAAUUAGAAUACUCUUCCUCAAUACAUGACCGAGAAAUUCGGUUUAACAAUGGGUGGAUAAUUAAGAUUGGAAGAGGACUUGAUUAUUUUAAGAAGCCACAGGGUCGUUAUUCCCUUGGAUAUUGUGAUUUUGAUUUAAGACCAUGUUAUGAAACAACAGUGGACAUUUUUCAUAACAAGCAUACCAAAAAGAUAUAAUGGUCAACCUAAUUUACAUUGUAGAUUACUAUUUUAAGUGAAUAUUAGAUUUUUUAUGUUGACAGAUCAUUCCUAUAAUGUAUGAAUUUAAUAAUAAACUUUUACAUUUCUA